UUUAAUUUCCGUGGAACGUAUGCGGUGAGCCAUUUCUUACAAUAGUGCUACUUAUGUAAGAGGCUCGCGAGUGUUUGAAGAAAAUUAAUUCUCGGUGGCGGGAGUGGGUAAGACCUCUUUACUUAAGUCGCGACAUUGAUGGACUAUUUGUAACCAGUUUUGACGAAAUGUACAAAAAUGACCCGGAGCAGUUCAAAACUACGGUGAGGAUGACUAAGGAGGUGUUUGAUUUGCUCUUUGGGCUCGUGAAGGAACGCCUCAUAAAGUGUUCCAACAGGCCGUCGAUUUCUGCAGAGAUGAGACUAUUCUUAACAUUGAAUUUCCUAGCACACGGGGGAACUCAGCAUUUGUACGCUACAGCGUAUAAAAUGGGUCGCUCCACAGUCAACAAAAUAAUUUUGGAAACCUGCGAAGCGCUUUGGAGUGAACUUGGCAGUGUAUAUUUGUCUGUGCCAAAAAGGCACGAGUGGAAACGUAUAUCCCAUGACUUCAACACUAUUUGGAAUUUCGCGAACUGUGUGGGUGCAAUCGACGGAAAGCACAUCACUUUAAAAUGUCCUUCCAACUCCGGAUCUCUAUUUUACAAUUACAAGGGUACUUACUCCAUCGUAUUAUUAGCAUGUUGCGAUGCGAAGCACACAUUUACUUUUAUCGAUAUUGGUGCGUACGGUUCGCAAAGCGACGGCGGUGUGCUUUGGAAUUCUGGAUUUGGUCAAAGGCUGUUCCAUGAUCAACUAGACCUGCCUGAGGAUGACUUUUUACCAGACAGCAAUAUUAAGUUUCCUCAUUGGGCCGUAUGAAUUUCAAUUUUGUUUGAAUAAAUUGAGUAAAAGA